CUUUUCUCGUCUACGACGCGGGUCACGUUACGAGCCCUUUCAGCGCUACGUUCGCCGUCACCUUUCUUUUGGGCGUUUCUUUUCGCAAAAGAGAAAUUUGUGAGGGGUUGAAUAUUCGGAAUGCGUUUGGAUGGUGGUGAGAAACUACAGUUUCCGGCAUGCAACGCACUAGUCUCAUGAAUGCUGGGAAUUGUAGUCUCUGACAUCUAAGCCAGUUGCGUAGCUUGGCCCUUGCUUACUCCAGUCUUGUGUCCGCGGGAAAUGUCUCCUGAGUGAUUAUAGGAUUUCCACCUCAUUCGGAUUGCAGAAUAGAUCUGUGCUUGUUCUAGGACUCUAAUGCACACAGUUUUCAGAGGCGGACCUGAAAAGCAGCCCCGCGUGGCCCUAGUCUCACCGCGUCAGAGGGCCAGCCCUGAAUUCUGGGCUGGUGGUAGCACACCGGUUUCCACGUCCGCUUUCUUGCGCGUCACUCAGGGUUCCUAGAGCCUUCAGUUACACUUGGCGUUGCGCUGCUCGCAUUUCCUGUCCUCUCUGGUUUGGUUUGCAGUAGAGGGUGGCAGGGGUUCUCCAACCCCGAAGGAAACAAGGACCCAAGUUCCUUUGACAUCCCCAUAAAUAUCAAAGGAUGACCGGGCAAUCUAGAGCCUCUUUUGUGAAUCAGCUGGAGAGCGCGGUGGGGAAGUCCGGGCUAGCAUAGAACAGGAAAGAACUUAGGCAGAUACUUGAAAGCAAAAGCAGCAGUGCUUGCAAAACAGCCUGGAUUGUGGCUUUGUAACUUCAUAGAAACACCUUUCCGCCUUCCGAAAGAUAGCAAAAGAGGCUCUUUCUGGUGAGGGACGUCCCUAAGGCCAGCUUGUACAUUCCGAAAUGUUUUCUAAGCUCUUUAGCCUCAUUUUAACCAAUUUUCCACCAGCACGCUUGCCUGCCUCUAACACACCCGUUCCAUCCCCGCUUUCUCCAAGAAAAUUCGAGUUGAUUUUUUAGGCAAUCCAGGUUCCCAAAGGCAAGCUUUUCAGUGACAAUGUCAUAGUCUCUUUGACAACUUCAAGAAUUUAGACUUGUAGAACUUGAAUCUGUGGUUUGGGGUUUACAUAAUGUGGUGAUGGCUUAUUUACAUCUGUCUGAUUUACCUACAUUUGCCAAAGCACACAGAAAUGUAAGACGAAGGCCUUAUGCCUCUGUGCUUGUGUUUGUUUAGAGCAUACCAGGAUCUUAUUUAUUUAUGCUUUUGGAAAAAGAUGGCCAUUUCUGCAUAUGACAGUCCAUCAUUCUCUUUCUGUCUUUUUUUUUUUUUUUAAUCGAGCAAGUAAGCAAGUAUUGUGAAACUGUGACUGCAUCUUAACUGGCCAGUGUGAGGUAGAUCGGGCUGCACCUGGGAGGAACUGAGAAUGAGAUUUUCCUCCAAAAUAAAGCUGAUCGCUUAACCGUUGCAUCCCUUCCACAAGAGACAAUUUAAAGAAGUGAUUUGAAUGAAACUGACCAAUUGCUUAUAGCAAACACAGUUAAGAGAAGACCCAAGCUGUGGACCUUGGCGACUGGGCCAGGAUGGAAGUUCCUUUCUUCUAAGUGCAACAUCAUCCUGGAGCCGACUGAAAUGAGCGACGAGGCAAGUGAGACAGGACAAAGAUACAACAGUCAACCCAUUUUAAAGCGCCAGAAACCCAUCCAACCUUACAUCUGUUCCACUCUAGAUUUUCAAGAAGAGAGAGACUUUUUGGCCAAAAGCAUCUUCCCUCGGCUUAAUGACAUCUGCAGCUCCCGGGGCACCUACUUCAAAGCUGUGGACUUGAGAUGGUCAGCUGUGAAGGCCCAUAAAUCCUUCACCAGCAACCAGUUCCGACAGUACUCCUGUCUCCAGUCUCAACACCUGAAACUCUCCCUGGACUACGUGAACAGAUGCUUCCCGUUUUUCAUCUGCCUGCUGGGGCAGACCUACGGAGAUUUCCUCCCCGACUACACACCUUUCCUGUUAUCCCAAGUGAAGGACUUCGAAAGUUUAUCCAAGGGAGAACAGAAUCUAUACAUUGCUGCCAAAAAUGGUUACCCCUGGGUCCUGAAGACUCCCAACUGCAGCCUGACAGAGUUCGAGAUCACCCAAGCAGCAUUUCGGAAGAAAUCUCAGUUUCAAUUUUUCUACUUCCGGACAUCAAAUUCACUGCUUCGAACUUUUAAUGAGGAAGAGGAGGAGGAAGAGGAGAAGCUGUCCUCAGCAUAUCUGGUGAACGAACAGGGCAAAGUGAAGGUUGGGAAGCUCAAGGCUAAGAUCAUUGGCAAAGGGCUUCCUGUCAGAUUCUACAGAGACCUGGAGGAAUUGGGGGAUAUGGUUUUGAAGGACUGGUCGGCUGUUGUGGAAAAGCUCUAUCCAUUCACUACAAUCAUGGGAAAUAUAGACUACAAACACAGUUUCGAGAAUUUGUAUCAUGAAGAGUUUGUGGAGAACUGCAAGCAAGUUUUUGUUACUACCAAGGAGUCAAACAGAACCUUUGAAAUAUUGGAAAGAUUUGCUAUAAAAGAUCUUGAUCUUGACACUGACAGUACUAUAGCAGGUUCGGGGUUAGACUCCAUUCUCAGAAUCAAUUCCCUUCCAACUUGUAAGUCCAUUUUGCUCUUGUCUGGGGAACGCGGCUGUGGGAAGUCCACACUGAUUGCCAACUGGGUCAGUAAUUUCCAAAGCAAACACCCUGGAGUGCUGAUGAUCCCAUACUUUGUGGGCAGUACGUGUGAGAGCUGUGACAUCAUGUCUGUGAUCCACUACUUCGUCAUGGAGCUUCAGCACAGAGCCAACGGUCCCCAGCUUGAAAUGGAUUUCCUUAACGAGGACUCAAAUGUCUUGGUCUUUUCACUUCUCGUAGAAGUGUUCAUGGCCGCCAUAAGCUUAAAGCCAUGCAUCCUGGUACUAGACGGGAUCGAAGAGCUGAUCGGUAUCUAUGGGAUUUCAGGUCAGAAGGCGAAAGAUUUCUCCUGGCUGCCACGCUCCCUGCCUCCGCACUGUAAAUUCAUUCUGAGCAGCGUCUCCUCCAGUCUGUCCUGCAAGUUGCUGUGUGCCCGCCCUGACGUGAAGAUCGUGGAACUCAACAGCAUCGGGGACGAAGACACCAAGUUCAACAUCUUCAGACAGCACCUUUCCCCUGCCGACCAAGAACGCUUUGGGCAGAGCAAGCCCAUUUUGAGGAAGAAACCAAACCUGAGCUCUCUGAAGCUCGCAAUCAUCGCCAGCGAGCUGCAGGAGUGCAAAAUCUACCGCAAUGAGUUCCAGUGUCUCCGGGAGUACUUGGAGGUCGCCUCUGUGCAGGAGCUCUGGGAGUUGAUUCUGAAGCGCUGGGUUGAAGAUUAUAGCUGGACUUUGAAGCCUAAAGACACAACUCUAGACACCGUGAUUUCAGGGCCGAGUGGCUGGGUAGUGGACGUGCUGUGUUUGCUCUGCAUCUCUCACUGCGGGCUGGCUGAGGAUGAACUGCUCCAGCUUUUGGACACGAUGGGCUACAGGGACCACCACAAAGUGACAGCGGUGCACUGGGCAGCCUUCCGCCAAGCCACCAAAACCUGGAUCCAGGAGAAGCCCAACGGUCUCCUCUACUUCCAGCACCAGUCCCUAAGGAAUGCGGUGGAGCACAAGCUGCUGGGUGUAAGCACUCCGGUGAGAGAGAGCAAUCCUAAUGUGGCCCAGAACAGCAUGAAUCACAAGAAGGCACAUUUCCACCAGGUCUUGAUGAGGUACUUCCAGCGGCAAACCAUCUUCUGGAGGGUGUAUCAGGAGCUGCCCUGGCACAUGAAGAUGAGCGGGUAUUGGGAAGGCCUAUGUAACUUCAUCACGAACCCCAGCAUCACAGAUUUCAUAUCAAAAAUCCAAAACCCAAGUUUGUGGACCAGGCUGCACCUUGUCCACUACUGGGAUGUGCUGCUGGAAGCCGGCAAUGACGUGUCUGAGGCCUUUCUGCUCUCUGUUGCCAAGAUAGAAGCGGAACAAUUCCAGAAAGUCAAGAAGCGAACCACACUCUCAGUGCUGGAAUGCAGCCUGUCCGAGAUUACUGCUGCUGAUAAAGGCAGAAUUAUCCUCUUUAUUGGAAGUUUCCUGAAGCUAAUGGGCAAGAUCAAUGAAGCUGAAAAGCUGUUCUUGAGCGCUGAGGACUUGUUACUACAGAGCCCAUCCAUGACAGAAAUGCUCCUCAAAGCUCAGAAUGCCAUUGGAGAAUUAUAUCUUGAGAUCGGGAUGACUCAGAAAGGACUCACAUAUUUUCAGAAAGCUUGGUCAAAUCUGCUGCGGUUUACACUCAGCGACCUAAAAAUCAGCCAGGAAUUGAUGAAACAGAAAGUUAAAGUGAUGAAUAACCUGGCAAAAUCGGCGCCUGGGGAAUUCUUAAAAGAAAACCACGUUCUGGAAUACGCUACUGAAAUCUCCAAGUAUGUGACUGACAAUCCCCGUGAUCAUGCUACCAUGAAAUAUACUGAAGGUGUUCUCAUGUUGGCUUCCGGAAACGCAGCCCUGGCCAAACUCAAGUUUCAAGAGUGUUUAACUAUCAGAAGAUGGCUAUUUGGCAAUAAAAACAUACUAGUUGGAGAAAUUAUGGAAUUCUUAGCAGAUUUACUAUUUUUUCUACUAGGAGAAAAUGAAAAAUCUCAAAAGAAGCAAGCCAUUGAAUAUUAUAAACAAGUCAUAAAAAUCAAGGAGAAGGCAGAUACGGUGGCCUCCUGCAAGCUUGUGAGGAAGCAUCUGAGCAUAAGCCUCAGCGACACCUUGUGUAAACUAGCAGGCCAGCUGUUGUCAGGUGACUUCUGCCAUCAUGCCACAAUGGAGGCAGUCAGCUAUUUGUAUAGGUCACUUGAUUUAAGGGCAGCUCACCUGGGGCCUUCCCAUGCUUCCAUUGAGGGAAUACUACACCUUCUAAGGGAAAUCCAGAGGUCCCGGGGCAGGAGGUCUUGGCCUCAAAGCAUGAACCAUCUAUUCCCUAACGGUUCUAGGUAUGGCUUUUCAUUAUGGGAGAAUGUGCCUAAAUUAAACUUCCACAGUGCUCAGAGUUCUGACACAGUGAACACUGCAAUGUGUAUGAAUAUACGUAGGUUUCAGAGAGUUAAAAGCACACAGCCUUCUCUGGUUUCAGAAAAACCAAAAUAUGUUCCCGGCAGAGGAAAGAAGACCUUGGCUCCAAUUCUGUGCAAGUCUGGUGAGGAAAAGUUCCAACAUCAGGCUUCAGAUUCACAAAUAUGGAAUAGUCCAAGAAGGCAACCUCCCAGGAAAAAGGCAGCCUGUCCCCUUAAGACGGUCUCGCUCAUUGACAAGAAUGGCUUGGUGAGACUCUCAAGGCAGAGUGUUUCUUCUGCUGAGCUGGACAGCAGAAAGGACCUGAUCACUUCCAUCUGCCGGCAACCCCUGCAGCCACCUCGUAGUGCAGACAAUCCCUGGAAGUCCAUAUCGGAACUCGUGUCAGAAAAGUGGCUCUUCCACACUCCUCAGUACUGUUUCACUCCUCAGAAGCCAGUCUUCCCAAGAAGAUCUCAGAUUGAAUCAAAAUUGCUGAAGACCUCAAAUGACCCCAAUAAGGAAUAAAAAUAAUUUUGGGCUGUUUUGU